UUAAAAUACACCAGACAAAAUGAUUAGUGGCAAUAAUGUGAUUAUAAUGAGCAUUAUAUGGGUAAACAUGUCAAAUCUCUCCACUCUCAGUGCCUACAUAAACCCAAGAAUCUUCUUCCAUGUAAACUCCCAAAAACCGCAAAACAAAAGCAGAGCUAGUCUUAAAAGAAGAUGGGAAGGCAGCUUAACACGACGACGUUUCUUCACUUAGCCACCUUACUCUUCAUUUUCCGGACAAUCUCAGCCGUCCGAUUCCCUCCGACACCAACAACAGCCAACGAUCUAGAUUUCAUCCGCACGAGCUGCAACGCCACGCUCUACCCGGAAGUCUGUUUCACGUCAUUAUCUGGCUACGCCACCGCCGUACAAGAUAAUCCGGCGAGGCUUGCUAAGCUCGCAAUCGGCGUUUCUCUCUCCCGCGCAAAAUACACGGCGGCAUACCUCUCGAAGCUCUCACGCGCCGCCGCCUCCGCCGCCGUCCACGACUGCGUUUCCAACGUGGGAGACGCCGUGGAGCAGAUGCGUGGUUCCUUACGCCAGCUCCGAGAGAUGAACCACCGUCGUCCCGGAGCUCCGGCGUUUGAGUUUCAGAUGAGUAACGUGCAGACGUGGAUGAGCGCGGCGUUGACGGACGAGGAGACGUGUACUGAUGGGAUCACGGAGCAGAUGGAAGACGGAGAGACGAAAACGGCGGUUUGCGAGAGAGUCGCCGACGUAAAGAGGUUCACGAGUAAUGCGCUUGCUCUCGUUAACACAUACGCCAAUAAUGGAGCCUAGCACUAGCUAGGCCUUUAAAUGAAGCUACAAAUACUUGUACUGUUGUACAUAUAUAACUAUGAUAUGUAAUCAGUGUGCUUAUAGGUUUUCGUGUGUAUUCGAGGCUCUGAAAUCGAUCGAGUUUACUGAGUUGGAACUCUGAGUUUGUGUGUUGCAUUAAGCUAAGUUUGAUUGUAUUAGACUAUUAGUA